AUGAUGAGCUACGAUCUACACGGCAUGUGGGACCAAGGAAAUAAGUAUACCGGCUCUUACCUGCGCGGCCAUACCAACCUUACGGAGAUCGAUAUAGGAAUGGAUUUGCUGUGGCGUAAUAACAUCGACCCCCAAGAAAGUGGUUAUAGUUCCAGUGACGUUCAAACAUACUAUGACCCUGUUUCGACAGUCAAAUAUAAUGUUUACAACGGGAAUCAGUGGAUCUCCUACGACGAUGCGCAGUCGUGGCAGGAUAAGAUGCGAUACCUGACAGGGAAGUGCAUCUCUGGAGUAAUGAUCUGGGCACUUGACCAGGAUGAUGGAAUGCACAGAGUUCUUGCUGCACUCCUCGGUGAGGAUGCGCUAGCUGGCUCGCUUAUGGAAGGAGGUGACCUGUCGACCAAACAGAAGGGAGAAUUGACGGAUCAACUAGCCGCAUAUACUGGUCAAACCCGUUAUGUCUCUGAAUUCUGCACAGAUGGCACCUCUCAUCAAAAUGACGCAGAUUAUGUGUGCGCCACUGGUUUCUCUUCGGUCGCGACUGCACAUGCACCCCAGCAGAAACUCGGAUAUUGGAUUGGUGACGUCUGUGACACUGGCAAGUAUCGUCAUAUCUGUUGUCCGACAGACGCUAUGCCAAAGAACUGUGAAUGGACCGGCGCCCCAGUUCGCAGUGAAGUUGGAUGCAGCAGCAAGUGUGGAAGCGACCAGUUUCAGCUCAAUGUUGAUUUAUAUGUUGACGCUUCCCGUGAGGAGCCAUGUUAUCAAGGAGACCGCGCGUUGUGUUGCGAUGGUGCCCAGGCUAUCAAUCAAUGCACGUGGACUUCAUGUCAAAAGCUUGCCUCUACCCAGGACAAACCGAGCUGCCCGGGUGGGAGCACUUAUAUGACCACCCGGUCACGCCGAAGACGAUGGUGA